UUCAGAAGCAAAAUAGAAAAACAAAAUUCAAAAUCAAAAUCAUGACUUCAAUCGUCAAGAUCGACGGUGAGCACCUUGUUCACGCUCUUCCCAAUCCAUCGAUUCAAGAUCAGAUUGAUAUGAAGAACAAAGGAGUUGCUGCCGAGGAGAGCUGCGAAAAUCACAGUGGAAUAUGCGCGAUUUGUUUAGAUAAGAUUGUGCUUCAGGAAACUGCACUCGUUAAAGGUUGCGAGCAUGCUUACUGCUUGAUGUGCAUCCUACAAUGGGCAGCAUACAAUCAGAUGCCUACAUGCCCUCAGUGUAAACAUCCAUUUGAGUUCCUCAAUGUUCAUCGUUCGCAGGAUGGCAGGAUCCACGACUACAUGUUUGAGGAAAGUUUCUGCCUGCUUCUUAGAGCCACAUGGUUUAAACCGUUGAUCGUGGAGGAUCGCAUGGAGGAUCGGGAAGAGGUGUAUGAUAAUCUUGAAGUUUAUUAUGAUUAUUAUCCAUACGAAGAUGAGGAUGACGAAGAAGAUGAAGUUUAUUACACCAAUUCUCCAAGUCUCCGCAUUGGCAAUAGGAGAUGGGGUGAUAGUGGAUAUGUAAGGUCAGGGCGCCAAGAAGCCAGGCCUGUUCAACGAUCCAACUUCCAGGACACAGGUGCCGGGUCCUCACGUGAGCCUAAAAAGAAAGAAGCCGUGAAAAGCACAAUGGGGAGACGGGCAAAGAGGACACUCAAGCGUGAGGCCGCCAAUAAGGCUGCUGCAGAAAACCAUCAAGAGCAUUUGAUGAGUAGGACGCCCAAGUGACUUUCUUCUGACAUAAAAGUGUUUUAAUAAAGCCUUAACACCAAAAAAUAAGGUACAUGAUAAACCAGAAGCCCUGUAUAUGGGUGUCUUAUUGUACAAUAUCUCUUUUCUUUCUCUGCAACAAAAUAAUGAUAUUGUCGGGUCGAAUCUGUCGAUUUAUAUAGUCAUCUCUGAGAGGUGGCAUUGGGUAAAGGUAAAUCAGAGAUUCAUUCUGGGCA